GAUGUUUAAUCUAAGGACGAUCCUCUGAAAAUAAGAACAAUGGAGUUUACUGUCGAAUUAUUUCUCUGUGUGGUAACUAGUGUUACAGUACUGGUUUAUGGACAGACAUACAGUAACUGUACGAGUACAUGAUGCUGAAGCCUUUCUUGAUGAUCGAGCUAAAAUAGAUCAGUAAAAAUCUGAAAAGUUCAUAGACGUUCGAGAAGACACAGAUCGAGUCGUAGAAGACACAAUUCGUGUCGUAAAAGACACAGACCGAGAUGCAGAAGUCACAGGUCGAGUUGCAGCAGAUACAGCUACCACUGGAAAACAUUUCAUGAUUGCCGUGCCGGAAAGUACCGCAAAACCAGAUAAAAUAGUGCUUCAUAUCACAUCCACAAACAUGACAAACGUUACCGUGAAAGCCCCAGACAUAUAUUUUGAUCAGACAUUCAGCACUGUAGACCACAUACAAGUGAACUUAUCAAGUAGAAUAAUGCAUACUAGUUCCGGCACGUCCAGUACCGCUAAGAAAGGAAUAGAAAUAAAGUGUGACAAGCCAUGUUCUGUUGCUGUGUUACCUCACCAUUCAAACGACGCAGUUGAAGGAUUUCUAGCCUAUCCCGUUAACGCGCUUUCAACUAAAUAUGUUAUAUCAUCAUAUGACCCUUAUAGUAGUUCCUUUAGCGAAUUUUUACUAGCAAUAAUAGAAGAUAACACGCAUGUUGAACUUACCAAAAAAUAUGGACGAUACUCCGACAGCAGUUCUGUUACUUUGAAUAAAUUUAGCACAUAUAUGUUUAAAUCAAGAUACGAUCUUAGUGACUCAGUGAUUUCUAGUAGUAAGCCAAUAGCAGUAUUCUCCGCUACUGGAUCGAGUAAAAUUCCAAGUGGUUAUGGAGACUUUCAAUAUAUUGUGGAACAAAUGAUUCCUACAAAGUUUUGGUCGAAGUCCUAUAUCGUACCAGCUCUGUAUCCUAGAGAAAAAUAUCUUUAUCGCAUCUAUAGUGCAGAAAAUGAUACAUCCGUAAUACAACACCAUGACAAUGCUACACAGACCACUCUUGAUUCAACAACGCAUAUUUCAAAUCUUGCAACUAAUCCAUCUGUGAUUAUAGCUGACAAACCCAUAAGCGUGAUUCAGUACUGUUAUGAUAGAGAUACAAUGUAUGGGGAUCCUUUCAUGACGACUGUGCAAGCCAUAUCACAGUUCGAAAACACCUACGAAUUUAUCACUGACUUUGGCCGCAUGAACGUCGGAAUAUGGCCUGUUACCUUAGCUAUAACAGCACUAUCUACUGAUGUAUCAGGGUUACUUCUGGACGGCAGUAACUCUUAUAUUCAUCUCCAUGGCCACAAGGAGCCUGUGCCUCCUCCUUUGGACAAUUAUACUGUUAUUUACAUUAAUAUGACCAGCAAAACGUUUGGAAGCUUUCACACCUUGCAUCAUGAAUUCGGAAAACCAUUUGGGGCAACGCUGUACAGUUUACCAGGAGGAGCCGCAGGAUAUGGUUAUCCAUUGAAAUUCGCUUUGAAAGACAAAGUUUGUCAAAUGCCUACAACAACAACGACUACUACUACUACUACUACCACUACUACUACAACUACUACAUCUACUACGGCGGCGACAACGACAACAACACUCGCAAUAACAACAACAACACCAAUUCCAUCAUCCGCUAAAGUGUCAACUACAACAGAGUGGAAUUCAGCUACAGCAUUCUACACAAACAACAAUACAGGAACCAAUCAAAGUGGAGUUCAGUGCUUCGACUGCCGAGAUAUUCCACACCUCAAAUAUUGUGAUAAAGUCACUACUUGCUCCUUGCAUGAGGUUUGCUACGUAGAGAGUUACACAAAGCCUCAUGGAGAAAAACUGUACCAGUCAGGCUGUAUUCAAAAGGAGAGGUGUAUACCUUUGAGUGGACAAAAUGACUGCCUUCAGUGCUGUGAGUCUCAUGACUUUUGCAAUAUGGACGGCUGUGAAGAAGAAGCUCAGGGUUCACUAAGUGCAGGAAACAGGGGACCAUAUUGUUACGACUGUUCUCAUCUCGGAGAAAAUGAAAAUUGUCACUCCGUGCAAAUAUGUCCCUCCGACCAGGUGUGUAUGGUAGAGAAGUAUGCGUGGGGAGACAAUGAUUUCAACUACGUCAUGGGAUGUAUACGUCCGCACGUUUGCGAAGCCAGGAAACGCUCGAUUGUAGACAGGAAGCUGAAUGUUCGUCACGUACCCGUGUGUACACAUUGCUGCACCUCUGAUUUCUGUAACCAGAACUGCACACACCAUUACACACCUGGAAUUAUCGGAAACACGGAUUAUCCAUAUCUUCUUGUGUUAAUGCAGUAAAUGUUGACAGGGCUGAUAAAUGGAAUUUUGAUUUCUUUCAUCAGAGACGACUUGUAACCAGAUUUUCUCAAAGCGCAAUUUUAGGUUUUAAACAGAUGUGAGAGGAGCGACUGAACCACGCCAAAGUAACGCUGCUGGAAUCAUGAAAAAUUCAAACUAUACAACAACAGUUUAAUGCCAGCAGGGACAAUGACCUUAUACAGCUUUUGGUUUUAAACUUAUGUGGAAGGAGCGGUCUCUAAUGGACUCAUGACAAAUGAACGAAUUAUGAGGAAAAUAUAUGGUUUUCCAAAUAUGUUAUUAUAUACAAUAAGCAGGCUACUAAAAUGAAUAAAGUUGAUGACUUUAUUGUUCUUACAGGGCUCAGAGUCAAAGUUAA